AUGAUUUCACCCCGGGCCUACGUCCUGCACAACCGGGUCACUCACGCUCGCCUCCUUCCGCAAACCGCUACACACGCGUUCAGAUACCCAACGCUCUCCUUGUUAUUGUCUCUGGAUGCUCUGGAAUCCGGACAGCUUGACUUGGCUCGGGGAUGGAUAUUCGGCUAUGGCUCGCUGUGGGGUCGAUUGACAGGUCUCCGACCUCAAGGAUACCUUACCGCGGUCGCUCCGGGCUCGACGGGUUUGUCCAUCAAUGAGAAGCUGGUCCUCCUCCUCACUUCUCGUGGGUAUGCGGAUGCGAAAAACCGAGUACACGAUGUGUGGUUACAGACGAUGCCGGGCUUCCUUGGAAUUGAAGGCAUCAACCCGUUGUCGGUAUACUAUUGCUAUACUCCCGCGGGCGAGCUUUGGUUAGUCGUACUGGAGGUUCACAACACCUUCGGAGAAGCACAUGUUUAUCUACUGGAGUUGGGUAAGGGAGAGGAGAAACCUAGGCGAGGAUUCGACCAUCAAUGGACAUUCCCUCGUCGUUUCCAUGUCUCUCCCUUCAACGACCGCUCCGGGUUUUACACCGUCUCUUUGAACGCUCCAUCCCAUCCUCCGUCCCCCAAUGGUCAGAUUGACGUCGUCAAGCCUCCACUUCCCGUUGUACGAGUCGAUUUCCGUCUCCCAUCGGACACUGUUGACGGCUCAGCACCACAUGACAACGAGAAGGCCGGUGCCUUGAAGCUCACAGCUACUAUCCGACCUACCUCAGCUAUCCCCUUGACCGUGUCUUCUCUCCUCUCCGCUAUACUCGGAGCGCCUCUCGGAUUACUCCUAAGCAUGCCUCGCAUCCUCUACCAAGCGUGGAUACUACACUACCGGAAGGGUCUCGACGUAUAUGCGCGCCCAGAACCAUACCCCGUUCAGCCACUCCUCCUUGAAGGAGACUGCAUGAAAUCACCAGCAUCAUCAUUGCUGGGUGGAGGUGUAGGCUGGCAACCGGAAGGUCCGUUGGAAGCGUACACACGGAGGCGUAUUGAAGGUUUCUUGCGCCGCCGCGCACGAGACACGAACACCGUCGUCUCUCUCAUCUCCGCCAAUCCCGCCGUUCCUCCACUCACCUUCGGCGCGGAAAAUGAGUCGUCGUCCCACCUGCUCAUCCACUAUAUGUCUCCGCGGUUCUUCUCCACGUUGUUCCUGAUGCCCUCCGCUGCCCACGCCCUCCUGACAGCGAGCGACCAAGCACAGAGCAAGAUCGACCGUAUAUUCUGGACCUCGGAUCGCGCGCUGUUCCUUCGCGUAUUCCAUAACCCUUCCUCGCCGAGUCGGACGCUCGCGCAGCGCUUCCGGCUCCGACCUGUGCCGCCUGUGGUACUGACGUCUCCUGGUUUACCCAUUCCUCCCCGACACCCUCUAGAUCCCGACGCUCGUGUGCAUGCGCUGAUCAAAUCUGCCCGUACCUUCAGCGACCUGACGGUGCUCGCCCUCCUCAUGUUCGCGGAACUACUGGAAAAGUGGAUUUUCACAUUGGUGAAAGCGCGGUUCGUCCCGGGUGAAGAACCGUGGGGCAGAUGGAGCAGAGCAGAGGCAGGGCUUGGUGCGAACACUAAGACAUGA